AUGACUAUUUAUAGGAUUUUAUCUGCUGUUCUAGGCGAGGAAGAGCAGUCAGAUUAUAUCAGCUACUUCCAGGGGUUUGAGAGAUUUUACGAGAAUGGGUAUCUAGGGGAGCUGCCCGCCGAGAUUGAAGCAGACAUCUUAAAAAUACCAGAGCUAAUUGAGAUUCGCUGUCGAAUUAAGCAGCUUAAGAGUAUGAAAAGCGACAGAGAAUCUGUAGCUAGCGAGAAGCUGAAUUACAGAAAGGCUUUGCUCCGACUUCGCAUUGCUGGUCUGAAAGAAUAUCAGAGCCACUGGGUACGAGAAAGGCGAGACCAAAGGAUUCUCAAUAGAGGCAAAGAGGAGCCAAUCAUCAGCGACAACAACGUUUCCACACGGGCCCAGUCGUUAAUCAUGCCCGAAAUCGCCAAAAUCUCAUCCUUGAUGUCUUCCGAUAGAGAGCUUUCAUUCGACGAAAUGCUCGCUUUUGUCGACGACCUCAAAACCCUCUGUGAGCGGGAUUACGAUGUGAUUUAUCUUCCACAAGAAAGCCCGGUAGUUGUCAAGCGAUCAUCUUUGUCGUAA